AAUCUCAUGGGAUGUCUAAACUGUAAACUACUGAGCACCCCACCGAUCCGCCAUGACCAGCACCAAGCAUGUUUUCCCAAUUCCCACGGAUUACCAUCAUGCCCUUCGUUAAUUGCGGGGCACGCUAAACUUCACUCGAUAACCUGCUGGGCCACACGCAGGUACAUUUAUUUGGCUGUAAAAUCCUUGGAGGAACAUUUCGACCCCACAAAUCGGUAAAAUUGGUUCUGAGAAUGAUGGAUUUCCCUGCUUCUUUUCAUGAUUCUGCAGAGUAGGUCAAAAGUAGGCUUUUCCGGGACGGGCAGAUGAAGUAGAAAGACGCAGGGUCUUUCUCCUUUUCAUCCCCCUUGGAAGAGCUGGUGACUGCCCACUGCACAGUCCUGCCGUCAUUAUGCUCUCAAGCAUCAUGGCCCCACACCCUGCUCCACUGCAAAUACUCAGUAUACUACGUCGGUUCUCGGUAAAUCAACAUAUUUGCCAGAAAAUCAUACGAUUUUGGGUGCGAAUUUCAAUCUUUGGGUGCAAAUUUCAGUUUUUUAAUCUGUCCGGGAUCUGUCUCAUCAUCACUGGCGUGCCUCUUGAUCGGAAAGGGAAGCCAUGGAUUAAUAGGAGUAUUUGGGGAAAGAGGAAUUUUAGGGUUUGAAGAUGAGUUGUGAGGGCACAGAGCCGCCGCCGCAGCUGCAGCAGAGAAACGGCGCAUUUCGUGCGCCUCCACCGUCGCCGAUCGCAACAGCUCAGGGAAUUAAAUCAGCAGGAGUGAACAAUGAGAUUCUCUCAGAGUUUCUGGAGCACACCCUUCGAAUUCCCGAGCUCAAUUUACCUGAGCCCUUUAUUCCGUUUCGUGAUCUGCCCGCAUUUGAUCUGCUUUCGGUUCGUUCACGCGACCAGCGCAGAUCGACAGGGAGGCGUUUAGUCCAGUCGGCGAUUGAAAUCGGUUGCUUUCAGGUCGUUAACCAUGGUAUUUCGCGGGAGCUCACAGAAAGAGCAGAGGAGCAAUCCAGUCGGCUCUUCGAUCUUCCUGUGGAGAAAAAACAAAUGAUCGUUCGAGCCGAUCGGUCUCGGUUUGGAUUCGAGCACAUCGACGUCGAGGGGGAUGAUAAAGUGGAAAGGAAUUUGAGCAUGCAGCAAACUUUCUGGGUGGAUCAAUAUGACAAUUCCAUGGAAAAGGCCAUCCGAAAUGCUUGGCCAGAGGGAUUCAAGAAUUUCAGUUACGCAAUUUCAGAAUACUCAGCUGCACUGGAGAAGAUUGCCUCUGAAGUUCUUGAACUCAUAUAUGAGAAUCUUAGCCUUGAUCCAUAUAAUCUGAAGGAGCUUCUUGGAGCUGAUAAUUCGUCAUUGCUAUGCCUGUAUAGUCAUGAGGGUCCAUAUAAAUCUCCCUCUUCUGGUAUCUGCCAUUCACAUUCCCAUGUUUUGAGCGUGCAUCACCAUAAGGGCCCAUCUUCAUUCUACAUCUAUGUUGAUAGAGGUUGGACAACAUUCAGUCUCAAGCCCAAUACCCUCGUCAUCACAAUGGGCAAUAUCCUCAGAGUAUGGAGCAAUGGACUCCUAAAAUCUGUGCUAGGCAGAGCAGUUACCCCUGGUGAUAAGCAUUUCAUUUCAAUGGAAUUUCUCUAUUCGCCUCCAUCAAACAUCUGCAGAUAUAGAUCAGUUGGCCAACUGGUAAAAGUGUCACUAGUAGAUCAAUUUUUGGUAACAAUAAUCCUUAUUCUCUUGUGGAACUUAUUUAGUUGCCUCAGAACCUGAGUUCUAAAAUGCUACAGCUCCUAAAGCUCAGUACAGUUUGGUUUCAUCCUCCACAGUUCUUUACUUGAAGGAAAAAGUCUCCAUCCAUGAUGGUUAAGCAAUGCAGGCAAACUUAUCUCUUACAGUUCUCCUCCAACUGGUCAUUGCUAAACUAUAUGGUCUAUAACUUAUUGACCAAGGAAGAAUGUCAUUCUCUAUCAGAUUGUAACCCACCUAAGUUUAUUUGUAGUUUUCUUUCUAUUUGACCAUUACUAUAAAUUUCUGUACAUAGUGCUCUGCUAGACUGGUUUUUGAUGUAGCUUUUUGCAUCUAUAGCUAUCUUCGGUAUAUUGUGCAUGCAGUGUAGGCUUUCCAGAUUGGAUACCAUUCCUAAAGAGAAGUUUAAGAAGAGGUUUUCCCAAGCUAAAAUCCCAUUAAAAAUAUAAAUGCUUGUGCAGCGAUGAAGUAUUUUAUUAUUUA